CAAACUCAUUCCUGCUCCAAUUCUCACAACUGGUAUGCAAUUUCACUGAAAUAUCUUCCAAUAAAAUUCAACUCGGCCCACAAACCCACCAUGAAGUUCCAACUCUCCACCCUUGCCAUGCUCGGCUCCUUUGUGGCGUUCACCCAUGGGGUAUGUCUCAAGGUCAGCGGCAACGCUCAUAUUAUCCCCGAAACCGGAGAUAUGCAAAUAUUUGCCGUUCUCUUCAACGAUGGCGAGCUUGUUUGCAGUAUCAAUCGUGCCACCUACGAUGAGCAAAUGUGGUUGGACUGCCACGAUGGGCACUAUUCGGCGAUCCCCGAUGACCUUAGCGUUGUCCUGUAUGCACACAACAAGGUGGAUUACAAAAUUCCACUCAAACCGGAGAGUGCUGGAGCAGAUGCCUGGGCCUGGAACGCCCAAUUAGGUUGUUAAUUAUAGCGCAUCCUACUGUGAUGACAGCGCAAGCCAAGAUUCAGCGCACACCUAUACUCUUCUCAGAUAUCCAGUGGACAGUGCUUGGAGACAUGGGGGGUUGAGGUUCCUGAUGCUCUUCGGCUCCGGUCAGAUAAUCAUUCUUUUCAAAUUGGGUAUGAAUAAACGAUUGGAAACGUAUCUUUUGAGUGCUGGGAACACACCGCCUCAUUCCUCAAUUUAGUCGAUCAUUUCUGGGGAAUUUAAAUUAUGCAGCUUCCACAUAAUAUUUGCUUGUGGCGCCCAUGUGACACUCUAUCAUUCAUUCUUAUCUGCGAGUCCCUACUAUGUCCCAAGAGGCAUGCAAGGGCCGUUCUGAUAUCAUCGGAUAUUCGUGCAAUCCAAGAGUCUGGAAGAGGUUCCAUGUGACCUGAGGAUUCAUAUUAGCAAUUUUAGCUAACAGGGUUUAUCUUGGUGGUCUCAUUUUUGAGUAACUGGCUUUUCGAUUGCAGUCCUGGGUGACUGAAAUAUUUUACUUGGACUACAGUUACUAUGAACGCUGUUGUUCUGCAUGGUACCUCUUUAGGCUUUUCGGCGCCUAAGAGUCUGAAGGAGGCUGCCUUUGACUCGAGGAUCUGUACCAGCCAUUGCAUCAGACAGG